CUCAGUAUGCCAACCGCCCUAAAUUACAAGAAGCUGAUUGGCUGUUCCUACAAACAACGACUUGAGUUGUCUCUGGUACAUGAUUGAGCUUUAAAAAACCUUCUUGGGUAACUUUGGUGUCAAAAAUUUUGUUAAGCUGCUUGAACAAAGGUCGACACUUUACACCGACACCACAUUUUUAAAUAUAGAGUUUACGAAAGGCCUAACAUUUGCUGCGGUUGGUGAAGGAAACGCUUAUUAACACCUAAUGGCAGGUAACAGUUUCCAUGGCAACAUGCUUACAGGCAACAUGGAUUUCCUACAGUGGACUUGUCAUGAUGUUGCAAGAUGGAUUGAGUCUUUAGGAUUUCCACAAUACAAAGCAUGUUUCACGGACAACCUCAUCACUGGGAGGAGGCUCAUUUAUGUAAACUGUAUCUAUUUGCCCAGACUUGGAGUCACUGAUUUUAAGGACAUGCAGCUCUGCUUUUUGUAGAAACUUCAAAAAGAACAAAACAAAAAAGACUUUGUCUCUCAUGGUCAUCUCUGCUCAUGUGCGUGAGCUGCUGGGAAUCAGAGAGACCCUGUGGAGUCGCAGCAUCGCUGACCCUCUGAGGGAUAGCAUGGGCCUGUUCUUGGAGAAAAAGAGCCGGACAGGUGAACAGGCGGACAGUCUCAUCUACGAGGAGUUCCUGGAUGGCAUGCGUCAGUGAGAGCGAGCCAAGUAAAGGAGCACAGUCAAAACCAAGACAUGUGUUUUAACCUGAGUGAAAAGCCAAAUGGAGUCUCUCCUGGUUUAUCUGAUAGUUCUCGGUGUGGCUGUGAAGGCCCACAAAGUUCAAAUCUGCCCCAAACGCUGUGUCUGUCAGAUGCUCAACCCCAACCUGGCAACUCUGUGUGACAAAAAGGGGCUGCUGUUCGUGCCCCCAAACAUCGACAGGCACACGGUGGAGAUGCGUCUUGGGGAUAACUUUGUAACCAGCAUCAAACGCAAAGACUUUGCUAACAUGACAAAGCUGGUAGACCUGACCCUCUCUCGGAACACUAUCGGUACAAUUGCGCCUCAUGCCUUCAAAGACCUAGAGAACCUACGGGCUCUGCACCUCGACAGCAACCGGCUAACCCGCAUCACCAAUGAUACCUUCAGUGGCAUGUCCAAGCUGCACCACCUCAUCCUCAACAACAACCAGCUCACCCACAUCCACAUUGGGGCAUUCAACGACCUCACAGCGCUGGAAGAGCUGGACUUAUCCUACAACAACUUGGAAAGCGCCCCAUGGGUGGCCAUUCAGAGGAUGUCCAAUCUCCACACUCUCAAUUUGGACCACAACAUGCUCAGCUACAUCCCAGAGGGCACCUUCUCUGGGCUGCAGAAGCUCAAAAGGCUGGAUGUGACCUCCAACAAGCUACAGAAGCUUCCUCCUGACCCUAUUUUCCAAAGAGCAGGGGUCCUGGCCACCUCUGGGAUAAUGGGACCUUCGUCAUUCGCAUUGAGCUUCGGAGGGAACCCUCUGAGGUGUAACUGUGAGCUGCUCUGGCUGCGGAGGUUACGGAGGGAGGACGAUCUGGAGACCUGUGCUUCACCACAACACCUAGCUGGACGCUAUUUCUGGACUGUUUCAGAGGAAGAGUUUCUUUGUGAGCCUCCUGUCAUCACCAGGCACUCUCAGGAGCUGCGAGCUUUGGAGGGUCAGAGUGUGACUCUGCGUUGUAAGGCCAAGGGCGACCCCGACCCCAUUAUCCACUGGAUCGCCCCUGACGGACGCCUUAUGUCCAACUCCUCCAGGGCCACAGUCCACACAGAUGGCACGUUGGACAUCCUCAUCAGCACUGUCAAGGACUCCGGCUCUUUCACCUGUGUGGCCUCUAACCCGGCUGGUGAGGCCCAGCAGACAGUGGAUCUGGUCAUCGCUAAGCUCCCUCAUAUCACCAACAACUCAGUUUCAGAGCAGGAGCCUGACCCAGGAUCAUCAGAUAUCGCCACAGUGACCAAGACAGGGGCAGAGACGGGAGGGGUGCCCCUGGGGAACGCCAAGACGAGCCCAGAUAAGAAAGUAGUAAUCGCUGAGGCCACGUCCACCUCGGCCCUGGUCAAGUUUAACUUCCAGAGGAGUAUUCCUGGAAUCCGCAUGUUCCAGAUCCAAUAUAAUGGGACGUAUGAUGAUUCACUGGUAUAUAGAAUGAUACCCCCAACCAGUAAGAACAUCCUGGUGAACAACCUGGCGGCUGGUACGCACUAUGACCUGUGUGUUCUGGCCAUCUACGAUGACCAGGUGACCUCGCUGACCGCCACCAGGGUGAUAGGCUGUAUUCACUUCACCACAGAGCCGCAGUACCUGAGAUGCCAUUUCAUGCAGUCCCAGUUUCUUGGCGGCACCAUUGUGGUUAUCAUUGGAGGGAUUAUUGUGGCCUCAGUUCUUGCUUUUAUUAUCUUCCUCAUUGUGCGCUACCGGGUGUGUAACCAAGGAGAUGCAGAUAAGGCUCUGGAGAUGGGGGAUAUUCGGUCACUGAGCAGUGAUGGACAGCUACAGGGCUGUGGGAUUCCCAAGUCCGUCUCCAAACAGGGUCUACGUCCAGAAAAGAAUGACAAGGACAGCCUCAGAGUUUCCCUGCCGCCCCCGGAGCCAGCCAAGCAGCGACCACCAGUUGUUGUAGCCACCACCAAACCCUCUGUCCCUGACUGCACUGUCUCUACCUCUGCUGCCAGCCACAGCUGGCACCCGGCCUCACCAGGUGCCCCGAGGCCCAAACGUUCCAGUGCUCCACCAAAACCCUCAGAGUCUCGCCGAGCUGAAGCUCAGACAGAUGUCGAGCUCGAUAACAUGAACCGCAAUAACUCAUCAGAGGUUAAAAUGGCCACCGCCGUCACUCUGGCUGUUCCCGGCCAGCCCACCAAAUGGACUGCUGUUCCCAGGGGUCCACGACCCCACCAGGCCCCCCGACAUUACAUGACUGUGCCUGCAGGGGGAGUGAGGGUGAACCGCAGGCACUCCCUUAACGUAGACUCAUAUACAGAGCGCUGCUAUGUGGCUUACCCCAAAACUGGGGCCAGUCUGCGCUCCAAACGCAGCCUGUCGAUGAGCGGAGAGCUGCCGCAGCUCGAGAGCACAACAAACAUUCACCGGGCCAGAGACAAGCUCUCCAAGUCCGAGUGGCUUCUGGAGAGCACUUUAUGAUUUGGAAUUUAUGACCUGCAUUCUCCUGUUUUCUUGGAUUGGAUUUGUGGCCUGUUGUGGAACAGACAUGGAUUUUAUGCCUUGUUUUGAACUUCUGUGCUCUCUACUGAGGGACCUGUGAGCUUCUCUCAUAUAUUUGAGGGCAAGGCAGGCAUACAGGGUUGUGGGAAACGUUUCACAUUUGUUUUCUACCUUAUAACCUAUCAAAGUCUUCUUUAUAACAACGUUUGAUCAAACUUUGAUGAAAGGCACAACAAUGUAUAAAACAACUUCAUGUACAAAAAUGUUUAGUUGUGUGAGAUACUGUAUAUCUCAACACAACCAUAAGUGUUCAUGUGGUGUUGAAUGCAGUAACCUGGACAUACUGUAUUAUAACAAAGAAAGACACAUGCAGUGGGUAGGGUUAUUAUACUCGCAGUCUCAUUGCCUGUUACUUAAAGUGAUACAAUCUCUGUAGACUUUGAACAUGAUUCUUGUCUCCAGCUCUACAGACAGAUGGUGACAUGUCUUAAUUACCUUGGCGGUGGUUUGGAGAGAUUACGAAUGUGCUUUACAUCCCAGAGGGGUUGGAACAGAAUGUAGUAGACAGACAGCGCUCCAUCUUUUCAGCACCUCACACUCCCAGACACAGCACAAUGCAGCAUAUUUGUGGCACAAGUCGACUCAGCCUAUACUGCCCUCUGGUUUGAAUCGAUACAUUUUUAUCACAUAAUUACAUAAAGACUCGACUCUGAUAGGAUUCCUGUCAUGACUGAUUUGAGCGACAAUUGAAUCAACACCAACAGCGUGACAGGUGCGGGAAGUAAUCUGAUAUUACGUGUGGAUGAGAUCCAGAGGAAUGGUUCAUUUCCAUAUUUUUUACUUACUGACGUUAUCGUGUCACGCUGGUGACAACCAUUGUAAAUUAACUUGUCUAUGUAAGAGAAACGAUAAUCACAUCUAUGGGUGGAUGCCAGCUCUUGAUUUUGCUGUUGUUUCUGUUUGAUGUUUACCAGUAUAAAUAAACCAGUGAUAAAAGGGA